AUGACGCGUGCCAAUUGGGAAAAAAAAUGGCAAGUGGGAUUUCCAAACCAGCAUCAUAUCACAGAGAAAAAGGUAUUGAACAGUCAGCCAAGUGCAAAAGGAAACAACUCACUUCUCCUGGACCAACGCAAUCAAGCAAUGUCUGUAUCAAGUUACAGGAAAUCAAAGAACCCAAACAGGUUUGCCCCAGUGUACUCACCAAUAUCAACAUAUUACUACUCUUCCAAGAGCACCAACAAUGAUAGAGAUGCAUACGCAUCAUUUUUUGAUCCAAGGAGGACAAUGAGUGCUGGGAGCUGGGAUAGAAAAAAUAAUAACAGAGAACGUUCUCCCUGGAGCAUUCCAUCUUCUACAGGGACCUACGAGGAUAAUCAGAAGCAAAAUAAUGACAGCAACAAUAAAAGUAUACUGGACGAUUUAUUCAACCUAUUCCAUCCCGGCAAACUUUUAUGGGGUAAACAAGGUCGUAGCGUUACUACGAAUUCAAGUCAUGAAGUUGCCCCCAAAAAUAGCAAUGAACCUUCUUUAUCAAGGAAGCAUCUUCGAGAUACAGACGAUUUCUUCUACUUGCCCUUAAAGAAUAGAAAAAUCAAUCCAUCUAACACGAAAGUGACUAAUAACCAAGGAAAGAAACGUGCAUUAGCAAAUAUUAAUAACGAAAAUAAUGGCAAGAGAAGUAUACCGGAUUCAAAAUCUCGUAACAUUACCACUACAAAUGCAAAUUCACAAUCUACGGUACCAAUCUCGUUUUCCAAGGACCCCUUUGGUUGGAAUAAAUGGGAAACGGAAGAGAUUGGUACUUCUUCUUCAACUUCUACUUUAUCGCCCUCUCAAUACGGUACGAAACUCCUGAGAAGACAUCAUAGAAGAGAUUCCCCUCGUGGCUCCUCUUUCUCAUUUAAUAAUACUAGAGAAGAUGCCAUCCAAGUGUUACGUGAGAAAUCAGAUGAGGUGUCAUAUUUGAAACAAAUCUUUAAUGGAGAAUAUCAAAUACCGAAAUGUGUACAGGAUGAAAGAGAGCAUCAAUUAAAAUUACUGGAAUUGGAUAGAAUACAAGAUUUAAAUGAGAAUAAAAAUAUAAAGAGAUCUAUAAUUGAUUUAACUGAAAAGAUUAAAAAUGUCUUAUUAGACAGAACUCACAAGAAGGAUAAUAAUGAGAAUACUGAUGAUAUUAUAAUUGUGAAAGAAAAGAAAAUUUCACCGUUAGAAAAAAAAAGAAGACAAUACUUGGAUGAAAAGAUAAAUUAUAAUAAAUCUUUAAUUAAAUUUGAGAAUGAAUUUAAAAAUUUCAAAGAUUUAUUAGAAGAGAGAAGAAAGAUCCAAGAUGAAGUACAAAAAAAGAAAGCCUUUGCGAAAGUAAAAAACCUAAUCCCAACAUUAUCCAAAGAAGAAGUCAAUAAAGUACAAAAUACCAUACUGCGGAAAGAUAACGCCAAAUUAAUGAAUAGAGAUAAUUUAGAAAUCAAUAUUCGCGAUUUUAAGACAUUGGCACCAAGAAGAUGGUUAAAUGAUACUAUUAUUGAAUUCUUCAUGAAAGCAAUUGAAAAGAAAACUGAUAAGGUGGUUGCUUUUAAUUCAUUUUUUUAUACCACACUAUCUGAACGUGGUUACCAAGGUGUUAGAAGAUGGAUGAAAAGAAAGAAGGCAACAAUCGCAUCAUUGAAUAAAAUUUUUGUCCCUAUUAACUUAAAUCAAUCCCAUUGGGCUUUAUGUAUCGUUGAUAUUAAGAAUAAGACGAUAGGUUAUGUCGAUUCUUUAUCCAACGGAUCUACCGCCACUAGUUUUGCCAUAUUAACUGACGUGCAAAAUUAUGUUAUACAAGAAAGUGGCAACACUUUGGGGCAAGAUUUCGAAUUGAUUCAUAUAAGUUGUCCUCAACAACCCAAUGGAUUUGAUUGUGGUAUUUAUGUAUGCAUGAAUACAUUAUACCUAAGCCGAGAUGCAAUGUUAACCUUUGACAAAAACGAUGCCAUUAGAAUGAGACAAUAUAUUGGUCAUCUCAUAUUAUCAGAUAGUUUAAAAUGA